GGCUGGGAACAGAUCCAUCCCCGCCCCUCGGGUAUAAAUGUGGCCUGUGCAGCCAGCCAGGGAAGAGUUGCCCUCCUCUGUCCAGGACAAAGCAAGAGUGUUUUUCAGAGUACAGAGAUGAUUCUCACCGGCACUGGCCUCAAGGCCACCAUCCUUUGCCUCCUGGCCUGGGCUGGCCUGGCCGCUGGCGAUCGAGUGUACAUCCACCCAUUCCACCUCCUCUUCUACCCCAAGAGCAGCUGUAUACUGAUGGAGAAGUCCAUUGCAGAGAGGCCCAAAGAGUCAACUUUCACACCUGUCCCAGUGCAGGCCAAGAGCUCCCCUGUGAAUGAGGCUGCACUAUAUGAGCAGCUGGUGCUGGCCGCUGAGCAGCUCACGACUGAAGAUAGGCAGCGGGCCACCCAGGUUGCAAUGAUGGCCAACUUCCUGGGCUUACGCCUGUAUAAGGCUCUGAGUGAGGUGGGGAGCACAGCCAGUGGGAUCACCCUCUCCCCGACGGCUGUCUUUGGUACACUGGCCUCUCUCUACUUGGGUGCCUGGGACACCACAGCCAGUGAGCUGCAGGCAUUACUAGGGGUUCCCAUGCAGGACCAGGGCUGCACCUCCCGGCUGGAUGGGCACAAGGUCCUCUCUGCCCUAAAAGCCAUUCAGGGCCUCCUGGUAGCCCAGGGUGAGGCCAGUGGCCAGGCCCGGCUGCUGCUGUCCACUGUGGUGGGCAUGUUCACGGUUCCGGGCCUGCAUCUGAAGAGGUCGUUCAUGUUGGGCCUGGCUCCUUUUGCUCCUGUCAUCUUCCCGCGCUCUCUGGACCUGUCCACUGACCCAAAUCAUGCGGCUGAGAAGAUCAACACAUUCCUGAAGGCUGUGACAGGGUGGAAGAUAGGUGGGCCCCUGGCAGGAGUCCGCCCAGGCAGCACCCUGUUAUUCAACACCUAUGUCCACUUCCAAGGGAGGAUGAAGGGCUUCUCCCUGCUGGCUGGGCCUCAGAAGUUCUGGGUGGACAACAGCACUGCGGUGUCUGUCCCUAUGAUGUCAGGCUCUGGCACCUUCCAGCACUGGAGCAACCCACAGAGCAACUUCUCAGCUAUUCAUGUGCCCAUGGGCAAGAGUGCCACCCUGCUGCUGAUCCAGCCCCACGGUGCCUCCAACCUGGACCAGAUCAUGUGCCUAGCCUUCCACCAUGACUUCCUGGUGAAGAUGAAUAAAAACCUGUCUUCCCGGGCCAUGCACCUGACCUUUCCCCAGUUGGAGCUGAGAGCAUCCUACGACCUGCAGGAGGUGCUGACCGGGACCAAGCUGUCUGCCUUGCUGGGCACCGAGGUCAACCUAGACAGGAUCAGUGACACCAGCCUGAGAGUGGGAGAGGUGCGGAACAGCCUCCUUUUUGAACUCAAAGCAGAUGAUGGGAAGCAACCUGUGGUGUCCACCCGCCAGCCAAGCAUGCCUGAGGCCUUGGAGGUGACCCUGAACAGCCCCUUCCUGUUCGCUAUCUAUGAGAAGGAGGCAGAUGCCCUGCACUUCCUGGGCCGUGUGGACAACCCCUUGAGUGCAGUGUGAGGUCAGUGCUUGCUGGCUGUGGGACAAGGCCGACAGCAGAGCAUCUGCCUCUGGUCUUCUUCCUUUCCUUCCAAGAGUGACACUGAGCGAUAGCAGUCUCCUCUGUAAACACAGUGCUAUGGAUAAAGAGCAGCAGAAUCAGCCUCCCAGGCCAGGUUGCUUGGAGGAUGGGGGUGGGAACCAGAAGCUGGUGUUCAGCACAGGCCUACUGUUCUGGAAAGAAUGGGAACUGACCAAUUCAUUUGUGAAAACAGAGAGAGUUUGCUUUUAUAUUGAGAACAGAAAUUGGGUUUUAAAAUUAAAACACACAUUGUGUUUUAUUGCUUUGGGUUUAUAUUUAGCUUAUUGAUGUGACCUUGAUCUUCAUGGGGUUUCCACAAUAUCUUAGUUGUUCUUUCCUGUGAUUUUUGAAAAACACAAGACACAAGCAUCUGAAUUUAGCUAGAAUGUAAUACAAUAGGUGAUUAUCUCUGUGUUGUUAAUAAAUGUCUUGCAACAAGA